AUGAAAAACUGGGUGGCCGAACUAGGAGGAGAAAAUGCAAAGACUAAAGAAGAAUUAGAGGAAAAGGCACUGGAAAUAAUGUCGCUGGAGAAAUCGUUAGAACAGAAGGAAACCAUUCUGCGGGAUGCUCUCUAUCACGGGAAAGAGAUGGAGAGCUUGUUAGAAGGAGCAAAUGAAAGAGAGAAAGACAUGGAGGCUUCCCUAACGACCUUAGAAGCAGAGCUCCAGAAGAGGAACCUUCGAAUAGAAGAGUUCCUCACAAAAGAAGAACAGACAAGGUGUGAACAACAGGAAUUCGAGGAUAAACUAGACAUAGCUCUCCAUUAUGCAACGGAGCUGCAGACGUUGCUAAAGGAAGCAGAAAAAAGGGAGAGGACGAUAAAAAUUGAUUUAGAAGAACAGAUGAAUAAAAACCAUCUGUUAGCUAAGGAGAAAGAAGAUGGAGAGAUUAAAAUAAGAAGGCAACAUCAGGAGAGACUGAGGCAACAGGAAAAAGAAGCAGAAAAGCAGCGUGAACGACUGGAGGAACUCCAGGAAGACUUGGAAAGCGCUCUGCGUCAAGGACAGUGCCUGGAACGCUUGCUGGAAUGUAAAGAAGAAGAACCUCAUCUCUUGUUGAAGAAGAAAGAGAGUGAAGCUCAACUGGAAGUGCAGCGACUUCUCAAAGGACUGUGA